AUGUUUGCCUUCCGCUGGGGAAAGAAAGACGAGUCGGAAAAGGAGACCCUGGGAAGCUACAAACUCCAGGGGACCAAAAAGGAGCCCAUCAUUAAGUGGAAGAGCAAAGGGCAGGUUGAAAAAAAUGCCAACAAAAAGAAAAAAAACGCCAUCAAGAAGAAAAAAAACGUCAUCAAAUUUAAGGCCCCGGGACGCCCGAAAAAUAAGAAAAAGAAGAACUCCUUUUUUAGCUUCGCGAGAUUCAACUUUUUCGGAAGGUCUAAAAGGAAGAGGACCCCCAGGGCGGCACAAAGGAGCCCCCAGGACGAGGCGCCCCCGCAGCGGAAGGAGGUGAAGGGGCUCAUCAAGAGGUUCGAGGUGUCGAAGGGGAAGGUGAAGCAAACCACGAAAGGGGCAGCAAAAGGGGUGGCAAACGAAACCGCGAAGGGGGUGGCAAAAGGAGUAGCCAACGAAAACGCGAAGGAGGCAGCGAAAGGAACAACCGAAGAGGGGAAAGCUAAUGUGGGCAAAGCCAAAGCGCCCACACAAACGAGCGCCGCAAAGGCUGACCCCCAAAGGAGCGACGCUCACGCAGAGCCAAUCGAAAAUGAAGAGCUGUUUGAGGUCCUAACGGAGGAGGAGAGAAAAUCCAUCGAGGUGGUUUCCCUGAUAGACGGGUCUUCCAAUGGCGACAGCUCCGAGGCAGACAGGGAUGGAAACGACGACUCGGUCGAGAAGGACGUCCCCGUAAAGAUGAAGUCCGCCUAUUCAGUUAAGAAGCAAAAGAGUGGCCUAUACCCAACCCAUGAUAAAGGCAUGUUAGUGCAAAAAUCGAGCCGUUUGGAGGGGACCCCCCUAGUAGACAAGGAAAAAAGCCCCCCCCAAAAAAACAAACAGGAUGAGAAGGACCUCGUGAUUACCCCCAACUCAGGUGCAGACCCCGGGAAGGAAAUGCAAACAAAAAAAUCGAUCCUAAAAAAUAUCCUAAAAAUGCCCCUCUCUUAUGCGUCUAGAAGUUUCAAAAGGGGCGUUUCGGAGACGGAGCAAUCGGCCAAAUUGGGGAAAGCGGAAAAAGCAGCGGUGAAGGACACUACCCAUUCGAUUCACCUCCAAAGCGACCUCGAUAAGGGGGAUGUCUCCCCCCGCGAAGAGGUCGACGCCAAGUCGGAAGACACCAACUACAGCGGCAAAAUGAACUUCAAUAAAUUUAUCCCCAAUUUUAACCUAACCAGUAAAAAAAAUGCCACCCUGAGAUUGAACAAGAAGAAAGUCGCUCCCAUGAUUAGCAGUAAGCUCAAAAUGAAUAAAAAGAACAGCCACAUUGGAAGCAGCUUUGACCAAGCGGAUGAUCUGAAUGCUGCCAAACUGGAGGAAUCAACUCUCACGCGACAGGACAUACGAGCGAAGAAGAAUCAUCUCAUAGGACGCGCUAAACUGAUGGAGAAGAACCUACACAGGAGUAUACAUGCGACACAGGAAGAUGGGGCCAAGAACAUCCAUCGUAAAAUGACAAACGACUUUACCGAAGGGGGGGGGAUUCCCUUCGACCUGCACCCGCCCCUUCUGCUCACCGAAAAUUCCUUCGACAUAUGCCCAAUAUCCCCUAUCGAGGACAUCAUAGAGGUCAUCAAUUCCAUUUGCAACAACAACAAAGAGGAGGCAGUUGCGAAGCUGAAAAUGUGCAAAGAGAACAACGAGAAGUGUUCCAGCGUGCUGAAGAUAACCCUGGAUAAGCUAAACGGGCCGGAGGAUUCCGUGCUCUCCAAUUUGACCAAGAAUAUGUAA